GGGGAGCACGCAGCGCCGCGGGAGCCCGGGCCAGGUGGUCAGUUUCUGGGUCUGCAUGGCUCAGUAGAGGAUGAAGUCCAACCCCCCAGGCUCCUCCCCAGAGGCCUGCAAAGCUGCAGGCCAGGGUGAGAAGAGCUGCCCUGUUUGCCAGGCCUGUGGAGAGGUCUCGGGUCCAAGGUCUGGUUUAGGGUCUGAGUCAGGGCCUGCACCAAAGCCUGGUGCCAUUCCAGGGUCUGGACUGGGGCCCAAAGCUAUUCCAGGGCCUCAGGCGGGUUCUGGUGCUGCUCCAAGGCCUGGUGCUGUUUCAGGGACUGGACCAGGUCAAGGACCUGGGCCAGGAGCUGGGUCAGUACCUGGACCAGGAGCUGGGUCUGUACCUGGGCCAGGAACUGGGUCUAUACCUGGUCUAGGAGCUGGGUCUACACCUGGGCCAGGAGCUGGGUCUGUACUUGGGCCAGGAGCUGGUUCUGGACCUGGUCUAGGAGCUGGGUCUGUACCUGGGCCAGGAGCUGGGUCUGUACCUGGUCUAGGAGCUGGGUUGGGACAUGGUCUAGGAGCUGGGCCAGAAGCUGGGUCAGUACCUGGGCCAGGAGCUGGGUCUACACCUGAGCCAGAGCUAGGACCUGGGCUCAGACAGGGGUCUGGGACUGGGCCCAAACCCAGUGAGUCAACAACAACCCCAACACCAGCGCCGCAGCAGAAGACUCAAGCCAAACCCACAAAGGUUGCCAGGCGGAAGGUUCUGGUGACUGGAGGAGGAGGCUACCUGGGCUUUAGCCUGGGAUCUCACCUGGCCAAGAGUGGCACUCCUGUCAUUCUGCUUGACCGCUGCAGACCCCAGUGGGAACUGUCCCCGGAAACCGAGUUCAUCCAGGCUGACGUCCGAGAUGAAGAAGCCCUGUACCGUGCCUUCAAAGGGGUGGACUGUGUCUUCCACAUGGCUUCCUAUGGAAUGUCUGGGGCUGAGAAGCUGCAGAAAGAGCAGAUUGAGUCUAUAAAUGUCGGAGGCACCAAACUAGUGAUUGAUGUCUGUGUUCGCCAGCGGGUUCCAAGGCUCAUCUAUACCAGCACUGUCAACGUUGCAUUUGGCGGGAAGCCCAUAGAGCAGGGCGAUGAGGACUCCGUGCCAUAUUUCCCAUUGGACGAGCACAUAGACCACUACUCCCGAACCAAAGCCAUCGCCGACCAAUUGACCCUCAUGGCCAAUGGGACGCCUCUCCCAGGAGGAGGCACUCUUCGGACGUGUGUGCUCCGGCCUCCAGGGAUCUACGGCCCUGAAGAGCAGAGGCACCUGCCUCGUGUGGCGGGCCACAUCAAGAAGAGGCUGUUCAUGUUCCGAUUUGGGGACCGCAAGGCACGGAUGAACUGGGUCCACGUACACAAUCUGGUGCAGGCUCAUGUGCUGGCAGCCGAGGCCCUCACCGCAGCCAAGGGCUACGUGGCUAGUGGGCAGGCGUACUACAUCAACGACGGGGAGAGCGUCAACCUCUUUGAGUGGAUGGCCCCGCUGUUUGAGAAGCUGGGAUACAGCCAGCCCUGGAUCCAGGUGCCUACUUCCUGGGUUUACCUGACAGCGGCAGUGAUGGAGCGCCUGCAUCUGGCCCUGAGACCCAUCUGCUGCCUCCCACCGCUGCUCACUCGGAGUGAGGUGCGCAGCGUGGCCGUGACGCACACCUUCCAGAUAGCCAAGGCCCGCGCCCAGCUUGCCUACGCGCCCGACAAGUUCAGGUUCGCCGACGCCGUGGAGCUAUACGUGCAGUCCACGACACUGCGGCCCCGCGGCUCCACGGCGCGGACCCUCCUGCGGCUGCUGCUCGGGCUGCUGUUCUUCCUCGGCUUGCUCGCCCUGGCCCUGCACUUCCUAGGCCUGCAGCCUCUGCAUGCCUCCGUGGAGCGCCUGUGACCGUCCGCCGCCCGCCGGGGUCGGCACUGCUCCACCCUCUCCCA